AUGGUCGAAUGGCUUGCUACUCCUAUCAGUCAACAUCAAAUCAUAUUACCUGCAUCAUAUUUAUCAUCUCAGCUAAUAUGUUUUAUUAUUUACAUAAAUCAAGAUCGCCUUUACGGUUACUUUGUUAAUGAAGAAUUAAAUUUUUUUGUUAUUAUUAUUUUACAAUUUCACUCAUUGAUUACUGGUUUAAAUUAUGUAAUACAAUGGACAUCACUAUGGACAUUAUUGGAUAAUUAUACAUCGGAUGAUUGGCUGCUUAUGCUAACGAUAAGCAUUGCUUCUAUACUAGCUAUAAUUCUGCUAACAGGACUUGCAUGUGAUCUGGUUUGUUCACCAUUUAUCAUGAGUUUUGAUUCAAUUGAAUACAAUGUACGAAUUGAUACACCAUUUAUGAUAGAAAAAAUGAGUCGAUUUGUUUCGCAUACAAUAAAUUAUGUUUUCUACGAAUUUAUUAUAUCAUUAUUAUCUAUUCAAGCAUGGCGUGGUUUAUAUAAAUUACUUGACGUUUUUUUAUAUCCAAGUGAUGAAAAUAUAUCAGCCAUUAUAAGUCUUGCUAUUGGUUAUUUUUCAUUUUUUGUUAUUAUGUAUACACAAUAUUUUGAAAAUAUUAUUUACCGUUUAUCAACAUUUAUCUAUUUAAAUUAUCCAUUGUUUAUACGAAAUAUUCGUCAUGUAUGUGCAUUUUUUUCAUGUGUAUUUUUAUGGAGAGGUUACUGGAUUUUAUUCGAUUUACAUAUUGCAACUAUAUCAUUUGUACAAGAAUCACCUUAUACAUCUUAUAUGUUAAUUGUAAUUGUAUCAUUUAUAAUCUUGAGUAUAAUGAAAACAGCAUCUUCAAUUAAUGGGCCUAUGUCACAAAUCGAUGAUGAAUACAAUCUUUUUCCUUUAUAUUCGAAUUGUUUUCUAGUGAAAUGGUUCAAUCAUGAAAACGAAUUAAAGAGACGAUCGUCGAAUUCAAGUAAAAUUGCAAUUAUUUAUCCAUUUACAAUAACAUCUUUUUGA